UCCUACCAGUCCAGUGCGCUGCGCUCUGUCGCCCCGUCAACAUCUUCAACCUAACCCAGAGAAAGAAGCGACUGUACAGGGAUGGAACCAACAUAAAGGAGAUGAGGAGUAUUCUCAACACAGCCAUCCGAAGUUAGAAGAUCACAUAUAAGCCACAGAAAUAAGAGUCGAAGUGAUUGAUUGAAGCGCGCAGAAGGCACCAUGGGCUGUGUGGGCUCAAAGCAGGAGCAGGAGCCUCUCAGCAAAGGGACGGGUAACGAUGAGCUGCAGAACCGCGCACACACGGCCCACUAUGUCAAAGACCCCACCACAGGAAACUCCUCAAGCAAAGCUAGCAAAAUGCCAUCCAAUGCAAACGCUUCAGAAGGAGAGAGCAUUGCCAUGGCACUAUACGACUAUGAGGCCAUUCACGAGGGAGACCUUGGCUUCAAGAAGGGAGAUAAGCUCCGAAUCUUAGAGGAGUCAGGGGAGUGGUGGAGAGCUAUGUUAAUCAGUACAGGCCAGGAAGGCUACAUCCCCAGUAAUUAUGUAGCCAAAGAUACUCUGGAGGCAGAGGAGUGGUUCUUUAAGGGCGUGAGCAGGAAAGAUGCAGAGAGGCAGCUGCUGGCCCCUGGGAACAAAGUGGGAUCCUUCAUGAUCCGAGACAGUGAGACCACCAAGGGCAGCUACUCUCUGUCUGUCAGGGACAGCGACAUCCAGGCUGGUGACACAGUUAAACAUUAUAAGAUCCGUACGCUGGACAACGGAGGAUUCUACAUCUCUCCUCGCAUCACCUUCAGCACCCUGCAGGAGCUGGUCGGCCAUUACAAGAAGCAGGGAGAUGGCCUGUGCCAAACCCUGACCAACCCAUGCCUGAGUCCCAAACCUGAGAAGCCAUGGGAGAAAGACGCCUGGGAAAUCCCAAGGUCAUCUCUCAAACUGGAAAAGAGGCUUGGUGCUGGCCAGUUUGGAGAAGUCUGGAUGGCCACAUACAAUAAGCACACCAAGGUUGCAGUGAAGACUAUGAAACCUGGCAGCAUGUCAGUUGAAGCCUUCAUGGCGGAGGCCAACCUGAUGAAGACGCUUCAGCACGACAAACUGGUCCGACUCCAUGCUGUGGUCACCAAGGAGGAGCCUAUCUAUAUCAUCACAGAGUUCAUGGAGAAGGGUAGUUUAUUAGACUUCAUAAAGAGUGAUGAGGGCAACCGUGUCCAGCUCCCCAAGCUCAUCGACUUCGCUGCCCAGACUGCAGAGGGCAUGGCCUACAUUGAGCAGAGGAACUACAUCCACAGAGACCUGAGAGCUGCCAACAUCCUGGUCAAUAAGGCUUUAGUGUGCAAAAUUGCUGACUUUGGCCUCGCUCGCAUCAUUGAAGACAACGAGUACACAGCCAGGGAAGGAGCCAAGUUCCCCAUCAAAUGGACAGCUCCUGAGGCAAUCAACUAUGGCUCUUUCACCAUCAAAUCUGACGUCUGGUCCUUUGGCAUCUUGCUGACUGAGAUUAUCAGCUAUGGACGCACACCAUACCCAGGGAUGACCAACCCAGAAGUGAUUCGUUCCUUGGAAAAGGGCUACAGAAUGCAGCGCUUGGACAGCUGUCCCACCGAACUCUAUGAAAUCAUGCUGGAGUGUUGGAAGAACAAGCCUGAGGACCGUCCGACCUUUGAUUACCUGCAGAGCGUCCUGGAGGAUUUCUACACAGCCACAGAGAGCCAGUACCAGCAGCAGCCAUGAAAAUGAACAUCCACAAACAUGUUUUCUGUCACAAUAUUGCUCUAUUCAUACUUAACAGCAAGUCUAUUUUCUACCUGCAGCAGUGCAACUCAGAGAGUGCUCUGGACUGCACUGCUGCAGUCUCUCUUUCUCCUACACAUUCUCACACACAUAAUCUAUAAUAACAAGGGACUGUACAAAAAUUAUUGGGUUGAAACUUUAUCUCUUAGAAUGACAGGCCCUACCUAAUAUUUUGAUUAUUUUCAUUGGGCCCUUCUCCCUUUGAAUUGUAACAUUGUUAAGUAACACAACUAUGGUAGAGAGAUUAAGACAUGCAAAAUAUAAAUACAAUGCAGACAGUAGAUAUUAUUAUUACUAUUACUAAUGUUAUGACAACACAAUCCUACCUCAUACUCAGGUCAGGGACACAGCACAAUAUAUACUGUAGAAUUAUGUUCUAAAGGUUUGGUCAUAGGCUAAUAUGGCCACAGCUACAUCAGAUGUACUGGAUGUUUAUCUUCAUAAAACUGACCAUUAAAGCUGCACAUCAUUAUGUACAGUAAACAUGUGCCCUGACAUUUAGUGCACAUCUCUAUUUAGAGAUAACUGUGGGUAACAGGUUGGUUUCAUUACUGAGGUUUGCAGGGGACGUGUGGGUUCCAAAACUGGACCCAGACAGGACUUGUCUCUACAUGUAUAAGUGAAAAUAGAAAAUGUGCUUGAAUAAGGAUGGCACAGGAUGGUUGAAGUAAAACAGACCAUGAGGAAAAAGCAGGGCCCCCCAUUAGUGCUGUAUACAUUUUUUCCCCAAAGAAAAAAAAUUCUAUACAGCCCUCCCUCUCUUUUUCUGCCUUAUCAUUUUUGUACAGUCCCUAACAUUCCAACAGCUUUGAAGGUAUGUCUAUGUAGCAUUUACAGUAUGUAGAAGGCCAUACUGUCCAGUACAAGCUAUUGUAUAAUCAUGACUAUCUCACACACAAAAUUUUAUUUUACACAAUACAAAUGUACAUGGCUAUCUUCACAAAAAAAGUUAUGUGAAGUGAAGUUAUGUUCCAGCACACAUCGUGCAUUCAUCAAAGGAAGGUAUGACCACAACACAGAUGUUCACAGUGAAAUAUGUACAGUGUUCAGCUGCACUGGGCUGAUAUCAAUGAUUGAUCAAGCAAAGCUGUUAAAUGUGCAGUGUUUUACAUUGUGAAAGCAAAGUGGGGACUGUGGACUUUAUAAAGGGCAGAUAAAUAUGCAAAAAUCCACUAUUUCUAUAGAUUUUUUUUUCCAUAAUGCUGUGGCUUGUUCAGCAUUAAUCCUUAAAAGUGCCUUUUACAGUGGUUGUUGCUUUCAGACUAAACAUUUACAAUAUAUUUCCAUAUGCUCUGUAUAUUUAUUGAUAUACAUAAAGGAAUACAAGUGCUUAGGAAUAGGGUCUUUAAUGUGAAACCAUAUUAACUAAUUAUUAUUGUUGCUUUUUUUUCAGCCAUAAAAUGUUAUGUUAAAUAUUAUUCACACAUACAUUUCACAUCUUUCUGCCUUUUUUCUCUGUUUGGUAAAAUAAAUUAUUUGUUCAUUUAGUACUGCUCUGAACAUCACUGUAUCUUAUCUUGAAUGUAAUGGCAAUCCAAAAGUAAAUGCUUUUUCUAUCCUUUUUUUCCUUUUUUUCUUUUUUUUUUUUUUUAGUUUUUUCUAUACUGUUUGAAUAAUGUGUUUCUCAUGUUGUUGGAAAUGGUAUAGCAGUUGUUGCACAGUCACUCAAUGCUGAAAGGAUAACGUGUUUGUUAUAUGGAGAUAAUUGAAUUAAACAUAAAUCAUAUGAUAACAAUGUCAUGUUCAUUAAUUGACCCAAAUGACUACAGUACAUAUUUUGUGGGCUAAACUUUCAGCAGAAUAUUCUUGGGUGUUUCAAAUGAUGAUUUCAUGCUGUGACAGAUUUGGUAUCAGACAGAACCGUGAGCAACAAUAUGUGAGAGAAUUUUGCUUUUACACACGUAAAGAGCUGAUAUUAGACAAUAUUGAAUCAUUGCAUAGCACUGGACAUUUAUUCAUAAGGUUACAAAUGUUUUUGUUUUCUUCUUUAUCAAUGUAAAACCCUUUGCGUAUUUUGUUAGAUGCUUGGUUCAAUACUACUGUGAUAAAAAUAUUAAAAUAAAUUGUUUUAGAAACAUU